ACUUCAAUGCCACUUCCAAGCAAGGAAAGUAUCUGUGGGAGGUGGUGGUCGGAGAGUAGCUAUCCUUUCAUCAGAACGUAGCUGACAUUAAACUCCAAAUUUAUGGAGGGGUUUGAACCAAAUAAGUAGUUUUCAACAAGAAAUGCAUCGCUAUUUUUAGCAGAGUGCGGUGAAGCAAAUGGGUCAUUGCAGCGCCCAAGUCCUUCUGUUCAUGCUGCUGAAGAUCGUGCAGACAUCAGCGGAAGAUGGUGUCAUUGAGUGCGCUUGUGAGGGCAGCAACUGCAUGGUGGAGCUGUGUCACGGGGACCAGUGCUACACAUCCGUGACGUUGGGCGGCCCGGUGCCCACCUUCACCCGCGGCUGCCUGCGGGGGCACGACACGUCUCGCAUGACCUGCCAGACUGCCAGCAACUAUGUGGUGGAGUGCUGCGCCCUGCCCAUGUGCAACGCCAACACCAGCAGCGAGGCCCUGCUCAGUCAGCUGCCCACGGCUCCCGAGGCGGAGCCGGUGCGCUACUGCAUGGAGACGCUGGUGCUGUUGGUGCUGGGGCCGGUGGGCGUGCUGACGCUGCUCUCGCUGCUGGCUGUGGUAGUGUGCCGGCGGAUGCACCGCGGCCGUCUGGAGAGGCUGCGCGAGUACGACCCCGAGCAGGGCGCCAUCGACGGCCUCAUCGCCACGAACGUGGGAGACAGCACGCUGGCGGAUCUGCUGGACCACUCGUGCACGUCAGGCAGUGGCUCCGGCCUGCCUUUCCUGGUUCAGAGGACGGUGGCGCGGCAAAUCAGCCUGGUGGAGUGUGUGGGUAAAGGGCGGUAUGGUGAGGUGUGGCGGGGCCAGUGGCAGGGGGAGAACGUGGCCGUGAAGAUCUUCUCCUCCCGCGACGAGAAGUCCUGGUUCCGAGAGACGGAGAUCUACAACACCGUCCUGCUGCGUCACGAGAACAUCUUAGGCUUCAUGGCGUCGGACAUGACGUCACGGAACUCAAGCACACAGCUCUGGCUCAUCACGCACUACCACGAGAACGGCUCGCUGUACGACUACUUGGGCCGCGUUGCCGUGGAGAUGGCCGACGGGCUGAACAUGGCGGCGUCGGUGGCCAGCGGCCUGGUGCACCUGCACACCGAGAUCUUCGGCACCGAGGGCAAGCCGGCCAUCGCCCACCGCGACCUCAAAAGCAAGAACAUCCUGGUCAGGAAGGACCUACGCUGCUGCAUCGCCGACCUGGGGCUGGCAGUCACCCACUCCCAAACAGACAAUCAGCUGGAUGUGGGUAAUAACCCUAAAGUGGGCACCAAGCGCUACAUGGCCCCCGAGGUGCUGGACGAGUCCAUCCAGACGGACUGCUUCGACGCCUACAAGAGGGUGGACAUCUGGGCCUUUGGGCUGGUGCUGUGGGAGAUCGCGCGGCGCACCAUCAGCAACGGUAUUGUGGAGGAUUACAAGCCUCCCUUCUACGACCUGGUGGCUAACGACCCCAGCUUUGACGACAUGCGGAAGGUGGUGUGUGUGGAGCAGCAGAGGCCCUUCAUCCCCAACCGCUGGUUCUCCGACCCCACGCUGUCUGCGCUGGUGAAGCUGAUGAAGGAGUGCUGGUACCAGAACCCGUCUGCCCGCCUCACUGCCCUGCGUAUCAAAAAGACUCUGGACAAAAUCCACAGCUCGCUGGAGAAGGGCAAGGUGGACUGCUGAGCAGAUUAGAGUUGGGUUAAGCAGAUUGGAGUGGAGCAGCACAGCUACCCACCCCCACCCCCCACCCCCCCCCAUCACCAGGGCUAGGGCAGAGCUGUCUGCACUCCGCACUGCACCUGCCAGCACUGCAUCGACUGCACUAGGAGAUCAAAGUUACAUUUACUACGUCCUCCCGCAGGCUAGAGGUUACAUUUCUGCAACACGUCACGUCACACAGACGCCCUCUAGUGCUCACGCUCACACGGAGUUGGGUUUUCACACCGCCUCGAGCAACCGAACACUUUUUAUUGUUUUUAUUUUCUCCGAUUCAUUUUUUUUUAUAGCUUUGUGUUGUUGGUCUCUUCCUCCACCCACCCCAUUCUGGGAUGGCUUUUCCCUCCCUCCAUCCAUCUGCUCCAACGGUUGAGAUCCUGCCCUGGCAGUUUCCACAUCGCUCAGCUGCUGCAUGAAGCUGCUGCUGCUGAAGCAGCUUCCAUCUUCAGAGUGGGAGUCUGGCGGAAGAGUCUCCUGAGGACACUGUAAAGCCAUGCUGUGUGAUCACGCCGAUGUAAACCUGCCCUAAACCCCAACCCAUCCCCCUUUAAAAAUGACUUUCAAGCAGCAUCUCAGCACUUUUUAACUCUACCAAAUAACAAGGUCGUCACAAUCACUGUUGAGCCCAGCCUCGAUGGCCCGUCUUAAGUAAGGAUGAUCGUGGCUCUUCACCAUGAUCGACUUUUUCUUCAACACCAGUCCCCCCCCCCUCCCCAACUUCCCAAUACUGACUGAUGAAAGGUCCUGUGUCCUUAAGAGACAUGUAUGACUGGUUUAGUGUGUGGAAACUGGCAGCGACCCUGCCACCAUCUUGGCUCCAGCUGAGCAUUCCUUUCAUCACUGAGUGCAAAAGAAGCUGACAUGAGCAGAGAGGGCUCUUUUCGCUUUUCUCCCGACGACAAUCAACUGCUGCUCAAUCAGACUUUUUGAUAUCGUAUUACUGUUCUGACAAAUCUCCUUCUUCAUAAUAAUAAUUAAAUAAUAAUAAUAGUAAUAAUAUUCACCACCUAGAGAACUGAACACUGAACAUAGGAAGAGCAUAUUUAUGUAUUUUGCUUUAAAAAAAAGAGAAAAGAAGUGAGGGCUUGUUGUAGUUGCUGAGUGGGGUCUGUUAAGAGGAAGAAUCCUGCGCUUGUCCUGCAGUGUAAGGACAUGGUGAACCGCUUUGUUCAGGCAUUUUUGUGUUGUUGUGCGAAUAGAUCUUUUAAAGAUGACUAAUUCUAGUGCAGGAGUAGGAAAACCACUACAACCUUUUGAACUGUGAAUGCAAGGUUACCAGAGUAGCGAUGCCUAGGGAAACAUUAGACAGAACUUUGGAAAGCAAGAAGAAGAAACAUUUGCCCUGAGGCACAUACCUUUUUAAAUGCUGUUCAAUGCAUGUUUCUUUUUGUUUUGUUUUGGUUUUUUUUUUUAAAUGUGGAACACACCGGUAAAACACUGACGACGACGGAUAGUUUCAAGGCACUUCACGUAGGCCUUGUCCAGGGAGCCCAGGAGCGCCUCUCUCUCUCUUCUCCCUCUCUCUCUCUUCCCCAUUGUCAGACAGUUCAUCAGCUCUGAAAGGGCAAGCGACACUUACCCAGCAUUCAUCACCAUCACCCCCAUGGAGUGUGUCAUGGUCCACAUGUUCAGUGGAGACUGACUGAGAGGCUAAUGGCCAAGUGGGCCGUGGGCUGGGCUGGGCUGGGCUGGGCUGGGGUGAGCCUGAUCCAGUGCCUCAGAUUAGGAAAGAGGAAGGACCCAGGCUCAGGUGUUACCCUUCCCUGAGAUCAAAACACAGGACUUAGUGCUUCAGAACACUUCAAAACAAUAAUAAUCAUUUGAAAGGGAUGUCUUUCUGUCAGACAUUUGGAAUGUACAGUUUUGUUUGUUUUUUUUUUUUUUUUUUUUAAAGAUUAAUAGUUCCCUAAGCCACAUGUAAACAUUUCUAUACAUGUUUUAAAAAAAACGUGUUUGUUAAAACGAAUAUUUUGUCUCGUUUUAAUGCCAUAACAUUUUCCACCACACCAGUAACCAAAAUAAUUAUCGUUUAUUACCCAAAUGGAUUUUAACACCGUGCAUAAAUGGAACUUGCUGGCCAGAAGAACGACUACAUUUACAAGAAAUCAUGUUAUGAAUCCAAUGUUGGGUUAUGCGAUACACAAACUCUGUUGCCUUUCUACAAAACAAACAAUAAAUAUGUAGGACACCUAA